AUGGCAGCACCCGCACUCCAAUACAUCCGCUACGAACACAGCCUCGAGGAGCAGUAUCUCCCCUCUAUCCGGGCUCUUAUAUCGAGAGACCUUAGUGAGCCGUACAGUAUCUAUGUUUACCGCUACUUUUUACGCCAAUGGAGCCACCUGUGUUUUAUGGUAGUUCAAAGCCCCCUUCCCGUUCCAAACUUGUUCCGAAAUGCCCUGAACCCGGCCGAUUCUUCUCUCGUCGGUGUCGUCAUCUGCAAACUGGAACCGCAUGACUCAAAUGGCCCAUCAACAUGCCGGGGCUACAUCGCGAUGUUGGCCGUUUCUGCAGCCAGUAGAGGCUAUGGCGUGGCGACAUCUCUUGUUAGACGGGCCAUUGACGCUAUGGCGGAACAUAAUGCGGAUGAGGUGGUGUUAGAAACCGAAGAGUCAAAUGCCUCUGCCAUCCGCUUAUACGAGAGGCUCGGCUUUUUCCGCUCGAAAAAACUCCAUCGAUACUAUCUCAAUGGAAACAGCGCUUACCGCCUCGUGCUCCCUUUGGUUGCUGUCCAUACCGAUUCCGCUCUGGAUCUAGCUCUGGAAAACGAUGGCUGA